UACCCUAUGCCACGCCCGGCUUGACCUCCACCGAAUCUCAUCCCUCUCGUCUUCUCCAUCUGCCAUUUUCCUCUGAAGCGCCCCAAGACCAUCUCUCAAGCCUCGAAUUCCUCUCGACUUCACCAGGAUGACAGAAAGCAGGAUGACAGAGGUGCCUUUUAGACCCCGGGAGAAGCUAUUGGAGAAGCAGCAAUAUUUUCAGAACAUUCACAGACAUACUUAUCUGAAGGGACGUAUGGAUAAGAUUACCUCUGUGACAAUUCCCAUUGCACUGGCAGCUGCUUCGUUGUAUAUGAUUGGUCGCGGGAUCUAUAACAUGUCCCAUGGGAUUGGGAAAAAGGAAUGAUUCUGCAAUUUCUAUUUGGAAGUGGAGUAUGUGUUUGCCAUUUGACGGGACAAAUCCCUUAAACCUGGUUGUUUUGUUUUGAAGUACUGUGUCCUGGAAUAAUUUGCAUAGAUUCAUUCCUUUCUGCAGGGAUGGGACUGAGAAUAUUGUCCUGUAGUCUUCUUGUUGAUUUGUUCUAAAUGAUACUCCCUUUUCCAGCUAAUGAUAUAGCUUUUUUCAGUCUU